AGGUGACCAAGCAGUUAGAGGACAGUUGACACUCCCCCUAACUGUCGGCCCCAGCCCGUGGGGCUAGCCCUGAACUCCGCCAGUUCGCCAUGAUUGCCACCGGUGGCCUACUGAGGAUAUCCGCCAGAAAGCAAGAUCCCCUCCGCCCCACCAGCCAGGUCCCUAAGCGCAAGAGGAAAGCCAAGAAGAGGCGUAAAAACGACGUGGUUGUGGUGAAGGGCAAGCUGAAGCUGUGCUCCAUCUCCGGGCUUAUUGCCCUUUGCGGGAUCCUAGUGCUGUUGGUGGGCAUAGCCAUGGCCGUGGUGGGCUACUGGCCAAAGGCCAACACGGCCAACAGAGGGGGCAGCAAGCAGCCAUUGCCUGUGGGAGGCGGCCAUCGCUUUGGGACCACUGGCAACAGCAGCCUUGGCAGCAAAAACCCGACCAAGAGUCACUCCGGGACCCCAGGGGGUGUCAACUCUACUUCUGUGGAAGGACCCAGGAGUUCGCCUCCGACUAGAUCUGCAGCCACAUCCUCUUCCUCUUCCUCUUCCUCCUCCUCCACAUCAGUGGGCUUCUUCUUCCGAAUCGUCUCAGGCUACUUGCACUCAGACAAGCUCAAGGUCUUUGGGCCCCUCAUCAUGGGUAUCGGCAUCUUCCUCUUCAUUUGCGCCAACGCGGUGCUCCAUGAGAACAGGGACAAAAAGACCAAGAUCAUCAACCUGCGGGACCUCUACUCUACUGUCAUCGACGUGCACAGCCUCCGCGCCAAAGAUCUGGCAGCAGCAGCAGCUGCAGCCGCUGCAGCCGCGGCCUCCUCCGCCGCCCCCGCCCCCGGCUCUGCACCCCCCAGGGCAGCGCCGCUCAAUGGCUUUCUGAGCUACGUGCAAUCCCGGGGCCUGGAACUGAAGCCUGGUAGCUGCACAGGCUCUGCAGACGCCUUCGGGGCCACUGCAAUGCUGGCCAGGGGCUCAUGGCCCCACCCCGCCGGGCUAGGCGGAGGCGGAGGCGGGACUCGGGAUGCAGGGUCGCCGCCGGACCUGGCUUCAUCUCCGCGCUGUCCGCGGGAGCCCCCGAGCCUGGCCGAGGCGGUGUACAGCAUCUACCGCGAGCGCUCCAGCGGGGCUGGCCGUCGCCGGACCACAGUUGCCGCGGUGGCUGCGGCCACGGCCACGGUCACCGCCGCCGCCAGUGGCAGCAGCAGCCCGGCGCUCUGCAGCCCGACCGGGAGUUGGGGGCGCCAGAGCACCGCCAGUUCCCUCGUGGGCUCCUCGCUGAGCGCCUUCGCGCUGCUGCCUUUGCAAGGGGACCGGGACAGAGACGGGGACUCGGAGGGGGCAAGUUGCAGCUGGCACAGGCCGCCGGGGGAACGCGGCUCUCGGGAUCUCCCCAGGGAAGAACUGGACCUGAGCCUGACGGACCUCCGGGGAGCCGAGGGCGGGGCGCGCUGGGCGUCCAGUGAGCCGGACCAGCCCGAGGGCGCGGCGACAGCAUGCACCGCCAGGGGGCAGGGCGGCCGCCUGCCCAGGACAGGCAGGUACGCGGCCUGGCGGCGCCGCAGCACCAGCGGGCUCCUGGACUACCGGUCGCAACCGUCUCCGGAGCCUCCGCCCUCCCCUGGUGCAGCGGACCUGGACUCCAGCCUUCCAGAGACAGCCGCCACGCCCUCGCUCCCUCUGCGCCCCAAGGACUCGCCCCGCGUCCGGCGGGACUCCCAUAGUUUCCAGUCCGAUGAGCCGUCCUGCAGCAAUAAGGGCUACACCCCCCUGAGGGAGGCUGACACCUCUGUGGAGUCGGUCGUGGAUGUGGUGGCCAGGAAAAGGCUAGACUGUGCAGAUGCCACGGAUCCGGGUACGGAGCCUAGCUCCCCGGAGGGUCCCAGUCCAGAGACAACUAGGGAGGAGCAGCCUCAGUCUGGGCAGAGGCAGUUUACAAACAAGGAGAAACUCUUUCUGAUUUCCAGGUCUCACACCCCAGGAACAGAGGACCCAGACCUGGAAAACUCUUCCACCUAGGGAGAAAGAGGAGAGCAGGGAAAGGAGAGACUAGUCCCACUGGAACCCCUAACCCUAACCCAUUUCCCUGUGGACAGGUCCGAGGAAACCAUUCAAUAUCCAAAGAGCUGCAGAAUGUUAUCCUUGAAUUGCGUUCACAAGAUUCGUGUAGAUAACUCAAGCAAUUUUUUUUUUAAAAAAAGCAGUCGUCUUUUUAUGUCCGAUGGUGAUUGUACGUUCCAUGAAAACCAAAUGUAUUAAAAGGUCAUAAUCUAGUUCAUUAGAUGAAAUUCUCUUAAUUUUCUUAGGCUCAAAAUAAUAUAUUUUUGACAGUAACUCUGCACUUUAUUCCAAUUUUUCUUUACCCCCCCCACCUUCCCUCGCCCCUGUACUCUGCUGCUGACGUCGUUCAUAGCUGCUUGUGGAUGAACGACAAGCUUUUUACUUCCCUCUUCUUGAAGAGCCUAGAAGAGUCUGUGUCAGUUCUCUUAGAACUGAUCUUUCUAGGUGAAGUCCAAGCCUAAAGCAUGAGCAUCGGAGAGAGAGGGUUCCCUUGCCUUACCCUGCUCUGCGCUCCAGCUGUCCAAAGGACUCUAUUUUUAAAAAGGAGAUUUGCAUUUUGCUACCAGGGUGUGUGAAGACUGGAGGGUGCCAGCUACUAGACUGGACUGUUACACCCCUAAACUCCCAAU